AGUGAAACUGUUGGACGAUUGGCUGCGAAGCUUUCCAGAGGCCUGCCCCGGUCGCUGAUUGGAUAAGGGGCAGCCAAACUCCCCCACUCCUUUCCCGCAGGGUUCUGUUGCUUGGCAACCGAUUUGCGACCUCCUGCGAAGCGGGCACCCAGUUACACCUGUGAAACGUAAACUACCCGACUAACGAGGGCCCCACGCUGCCCUGCGCUUACACUUCUCCCGCUCGCCGCCCGCACGGACGACACGGGUUGUGCCAGGUGCUCAUCCAAGUUUGCCUUGAGACCAGGCUGUAGGCUGGCACGGCGGUCACACACCGCAGUUGAGCACGUGCCCGGUUUCCUUCUUGAAGUCAGAGGAGAAAAAAAAGUCACUGUUCUAUGUCCAAUUUAGAGCCGCUUCUGUUGGGAGGACACAGCGUUCUGGGGCUCUAGAAAACAAGAUUUAUGUCGGAGUGGGACAGUGACCGGUAAUCUCAGACAUCUGUCUCAGAGUGCACCCUAGGAGUGUGGGGACAAGUGCCAGGCCCUUUGCUGCCUUAUCAUGCACCGCAGGGCUUACUUCUUGCUGGAAAGAGACUUCCAAGAGUUGAAGGAGAACAAUUUUAAGGGUAUUACUGCCUUUCCUGUAAGUGAAGAUCUGAUGGAAUGGGGAGCUAGUAUUCAAGGUCUACAGAAUACAGUUUGGCAAGGAUUAUUCUUCCAACUGACAAUAAAUUUUACAUCGGAGUACAAUUUGGUGCCUCCAGUUGUGAAAUUCUUAACAAUUCCUUUUCAUCCAAAUGUAGACCAAAAUACUGGUCGGGCCUGUAUAGAUUUUUUGGACGACCCUGCUAAGUGGAAUACAAGCUAUACAUUGAGCAGCAUUCUAUUUACCCUCCAGGUUAUGCUUUCGAAUCCAGUGCUAGAAAAUCCAGUGAAUUUGGAAGCAGCCCAAAUGCUGAUUAAAGAUGAAUCUCUGUACAAACAAAUAGUUCUAAGAUUUUUCAACCAACCAUCACAAUUGAGAGAUGACAGGCCUGAGUCACUUAAAGAUCCAGAUAAAUUUAUCAGAUCAACUAAGGCAGUCUCAUUUAAUGAUUACUACAAGACAUGGUCUGGAAUAGCCACAUCCAAAGCCACAGAGUAUUAUAGAAGUCCAUUGCCUGAAGAUCCACAUUUUAUUGGAGAGUAUCAUAAAUGGAAGAAACUUGAAUUAAAACAUCCUAGAGAAUGGAAUCUAAAGUACGCUGCUGCUAUGGCUCGGCUUGCCAGAGAAAGCAGAAGGCCUCACAAAGCCAAUUAUCCAACGGGAAGUGUUCAUCUCUGCCCAACUCCAAUUCAAAAUUUUCCUGAUACACAACCUGAAAUUGAUAUCAUCAUGAAGACCGAUAGAACAAAGGAGAGGUGGAAGAGUGUAAUUUUACCAGAUGAUGUUAACACGAAUGAGUCAUGGGAAGAAGAAGUGGAAGACCUGGUCACCUGGACCAACACUCUUGAUAUAAAUGUUUUAGAUGAUUCAGCCUGAAGCUCCAGGAUUUAAAAAAUGAACAGCCUCAACCACAGAUCAACUUCAUGAAGCAACUUUGGAACAUGGAUUCCAUUUUUUUUCAAGUUGGACUCAUGCUCUCACUUCAAGUACAAAUUAGAAAUAUAACUACAAAUCAGUGAAUAUGUUGCUUUGAAUUUUUUGAGCUCUACUUCAUUGUUUGAACCUAAGUUAACCAAAUUAGGGAUGUUCAUUGUGGCAUUUCAAUCAAUGGUAUUAUGCCCUCAAUUGUUAGGCUUCUGGAUGCAAGUUUUUGCAGGCAAGGUAUGAAUCAGGAAAAGGCUGGGUUAGGAGGAGAGCACUCAGGAGCUUCAGAAGCGGGAUAUUAACCAAAUAGAGGGAUCUUUACAGUUGUCCACAUCUGCCUGGUUUAGUGUCUUGUUUCCUCCAUAUUCAAAGUAUGAGAUGUCAUCUAUCCACCAAUGUUCCUCUUAUGUUUUCUCCCAGAAAACAUGCUUUGUUUACUCUUUGACCUUAAUCAAUCAUCCCCUCAUAUUCUCAUAUCUUUUUUUUUCUCCUUAUCUUUUUGCUGCAUUGCCUCAACCUGCAAAUGUGCUCAGAUCUCUCCUGUUUUUUUGUUUACCUUUGACCCUGUGUUUCUACUUCCCUCGACACUAUUUUAUUCAGGGAUACCUGACUGGCUCAAUUGGUGGAGCAUGUAACUCUUGACCCUGGGGCUGUCAGUUUGAGCCUCACACUGGGUGUAGAGAUUAAAAAUACAAUCUUUAAAAAGAAAACAAAAGCAAACAUUGUAUUAUUCAUAUUUUCUCAGGUUUAUUGAUUAUAGUCUAUCACUUGCCAUCUUUAUUGCUUUGGUUCACUUCACAUUGGCAUCCCACUGCACAAUAAAAUCUGCUUCUGCUACAUUACUUGAUGAAAAUUCACUAGGAUCACCAAAGACUUCCAUAUUUCUAAAAUUCAAUAGUUACUGUAUCUUACUGGACCUCUAGGCUAUAUUCUAUAUUAUUGAUCACUUCUGUCUCUCUCUUUUUUUUUAAUGUUUAUUGCCUCACCUUUGAAGAGGCUUGUUUUGAGGCCCAUCCACCUACACACACAUCUCUUCCCAUAAACACCAUAACUCAGUAUACAUAUAAAUGUAUAUAUCUAUAUCUACAUAUAGAUAUAGAUAGGUAGAUAGAUAGAUAGAUAGAUGCCUGACCUUGGGUCUAGUUGUUAAUAGGUCUCUCCUUCAUUUCUAAAGAAACUGAUUUUACUUCCUGUGAAAAAAUUAAAAUGCUGUUAUAUAUACUCUAGUGCCUGGGCACAUCCCUGGCUAGCUAGAUGUUUUCAAGUCUGCCUCUGAUGGUUCAGACUAUAAGACCCCAAGUGAUUGUAGUGCCUACCACUUUUAUUAUCCUCCCCAACAGGAACCACAAAAUUCUAGCAGCUAUCCCAGAUUCUCCCCUCCUUUUGUCAAUGCCAAAGUACACCCAAGAGCCAAUUUAAUGAUUCCCACCCAACUUGAUAACAAUUGGAGUUAUUUUUACACCCAAUGAAAAGUGCCAUUGUAGAUGGACCAUCCUGUACCUCAGUGAAAUUAUAGAAUGUAGUUGAAAGAUGCAUUCUGCUGAUGGUCACAAUGAUGGAGGCUGGGCCUCUGACUCUUCUCUGGUGGUUUUCUAGGAGGACAAACAUGUAGAUUGUCAACGGGUAUAUGGUAAUCACCAAGAAAUUAAACUCAAAAGAACCAUGGUAGUCAACCAAAAAUAUUUCCUUGAUAUCAGCUGUCAUAUAUUGUAUUUUAUACUUUCUAUUUAAUCUCUUUCUUUCAGGACAAAGAAGUUAAACUUGCUUGUUGCUUUCUUUUCCUGCUACCAGAAAACGUGGGGGUAAAAGUGGGUGAUAGGGAAAGGAAGGGUAGGGAACACAUCUUUGGAACAGAGACAUUAGUUAGUAGAACAGGAUAGUUUUUUUUUAAGUUUAUUUAUUUAUUUUGAGAGAGAAAGUGCAAGUAUGCGUGAGCAGGGGAAGUGGCACAGAGAGAGAGAAUCCCACGCAGGCCCCACGCCAUCAGUGCAGAGCCCAACACAGGGCUCGAUCCCAUGAACUGUGAGAUCAUGAUCUGUGCCAAAACCAAGGGUCAGAUCCUCAACUGACUGAGCCACCCAGGCACCCCCAGGAUAGUAUAUUUAAUUACCUUCACUAUAUCUCUGGCCAUUCUUUCUGACUCUUCAGUAGGAAUCUCCCUUCCAUCUCUGGCCCUUGGUAAAAGGUUCCUUUGGGUUCCAGCCCAAUGCUCUCCUCUAUGCAUUUUUCUUGGAAAAUGUUGCCACUGUCAAGAGUUUUACCUCCCACGCACAUUGUCAUUCUCUGAACUUUUUUCUUCCUGCUUAAAAGACAUCUUCACUUCAACGUCCCCCAUGCGUUGGAACCUCAACAUGCCCAAUUUAAACUCAUUUCUCCCCCUCCACCAGACCUCCUUCUGCCUCUUGUGUUUCUUUUUCAGUUAAUGGAACAAUCAAAAGAUAAAAACUUGGGGAUCAUUACAGACUUCUUUCACUAUGGCA